AUGUGGCUACCUUUUACCUUUUUAUUCUUGUGCAUACUGCAAUUGGCAGCUUGCGCAGAAGACUUUUACCAACUUCUUGGUAUAGACAAGCAAGCUUCAGAAAGAGAUAUCAAGCGCGCAUAUAGGACUUUGAGCAAGAAGUAUCACCCGGAUAAGAACCCAGGAGACGAAACAGCCAAACAAAAGUUUGUUGAAAUCGCCGAAGCUUACGAAGCCCUCUCCGUCCCAGAAACCCGCAAAAUAUACGAUCAAUAUGGACACGAAGGACUAAAACAAAGACAACAAGGAGGACAAGGCGGAGGUCACCACGAUCCAUUUGAUCUUUUCUCCAGAUUCUUCGGUGGAGGAGGACAUUUCGGCGGCGGCCAUGGACAACGAAAAGGACCCGAUAUGGAAGUGCGAGUAGGAAUACCCCUUCGCGAUUUCUACAACGGACAUACCACCGAAUUUCAACUCGAGAAACAAAUGAUAUGUGAGGAAUGUGAAGGAUCAGGAUCUGCCGACGGUCAAGUCGAUACAUGUAAUGUAUGCCACGGCCAUGGAGUCCAAUUAAAGAAGCAUCAACUCGCGCCUGGAAUUUUCCAACAAGUACAGGUAAAAUGUGAUCACUGUGACGGCAAAGGACAAACGAUCAAACACAAAUGUCCCGUCUGUUCCGGUUCUCGCGUCAUCCGUAAAGUCCAGACGCACUCACUAGUCAUCGAGCGCGGAGCCCCCAAGGGCCGAACAAUAAACUAUGAAAACGAAGCCGACGAAUCUCCCGACUGGGUUGCUGGUGAUCUCCACGUUACUUUAGUUGAGAAGGAAGCGAAUCUCGAAGAAGACAACGAAUUAAAGGUUGACGGGACAUUCUUCCGUCGUAAGGGCGAUGAUCUUCAUUGGCGCGAAAUGCUCUCAUUGAGAGAAGCAUGGAUGGGAUCAUGGACACGAAAUCUUACACACUUAGACGGGCACAUCGUGCAACUGUCUCGCGAAAGAGGACAAACUGUUCAACCAGGUCAUGUGGAACAUGUGAAAGGAGAAGGAAUGCCAAAAUGGCAUGAGGAUGGAGAUAGUGUUUAUCAUGAUACGCAAUUCGGAGAUUUGGUUGUAGAGUACACAGUCGUAUUGCCGGAUCAAAUGGAUAAGGGAAUGGAGAAGGAUUUCUGGGCUCUAUGGGAAAAGUGGAGGAAGAAGAAUGGAGUCGAUUUGGCAAAAGACAGUGGAAGGCCCGAGACUCCAGUUGCGGGAGGAAAGGAUGAACUAUGA